AUGCCUUUCACUUUAAGUUUAACUGGAAAGGACAUAUUGGGUUAUAGAUUUCAAAGUACUCCUGUUAAAAAAGGAAAAAUGGCUGGAAAAUUGACUCAAGAGCAAAGAGACACACUUUUAAAACCUCUCUUAUCAUCUGGAUGGUCAAUGGUCAAAGAUAGAGAUGCAAUUUAUAGAGAAUUUGUUUUCAAGGAUUUUAACGAAGCAUUCGGAUUCAUGACAAGAAUCGCUUUGAAAGCUGAUAAAAUGGAUCAUCAUCCAGAAUGGUUUAACGUUUAUAAUAAAGUUCAAAUUACAUUGGCAAGUCAUGAUGUAGCUGGUUUGAGUCAAAGAGAUAUCACCCUUGCUAAUUUUGUUAAUCAAGCUUCUAAACUUGGAGCUUCUUAA